AGUUCUGUGACUGCCCUCCCCUUAACAUCUAAAGGAGGAUCUUGACAAUCCGAGAGUAACUGUCAGCCAAACUGUUUCAGCCAAACAGCGUCACCCUGAAAACAAGAAGAAUGUCGAGCUCUCUGGUCGUAUGUGAGGUGGAUGAAAGUCUGAAAAAGAAACUGGAAAAGUUCAGAUUCCGAAAAGAGACGAACAAUGCUGCCAUACUAAUGAAAAUAGACAUGGUGAAACAGCUUGUUAUCCUCGAGGAGGAGUAUGAGGACAUCUCACUGGAUGAGUUGAGAGAUGAACUUCCAGAGCGGCAACCCAGAUUUAUGGUCUACAGCUACAAAUAUGUCCAUGCAGAUGGCAGAGUGUCUUACCCUCUUUGUUUCAUAUACUCCAGUCCAAUGGGAUGUAAGCCAGAGCAGCAGAUGAUGUAUGCAGGCAGCAAGAAUCAGCUGGUCCAAGCUGCACAGCUCACCAAGGUCUUUGAAACGAGAAGUGCUGAUGAGUUGUCAGAGGAGUGGCUCAAGAAUCAGCUGGCAUUUUUUCGCUGAAUCUCAAUCUGAGAGAUCUCCAUUACUUUCAGUCUUUCCCUUUGUAUAGCCUGGCUAUUAAAUAACAUCCUGUGAUAAACUCUGUAAAAAUAGUUUUUUGUCUUUUUUUGUUGUUGCAUUGAAUAGUAAUUAACUGCAAGUAGUAUUAGAAUAGAGAUCAGACAGUCCAGCACAUCUCAAGGUGAUUGUAAAAUUAGAUGUUACAUUGAUGCUUUUACUUUGUGGUUCUUAACUUCAUUACAAAUAAAAGAAAAUAAAAAAGCCUUUGACAAAUGA